AUUCAAAUCAACAAAUCUCGAUCUAUUUAUACACAUAUCAACGAUCUAAAACGUCAAAAAAUGUGACAUUUCUUGUAAACAAAACGUUAAAGGAUGUGGAAUUUUUGCUUCCUCUCCGUCUUCUUAUCAUGUUUUUAUCUAAUCGUUACUCAUGGAGCGGUAAUGCACAGCCAUUCGCAGCAUUUAAAUCGUGAACGUGAACAAGACGGUGCUUAUAGUCCAAAAGAUAGAGGACAUUUAUCUGAUAGUGGCGAACAUCACAGUGAAUUUGACCAUGAAGCUAUUUUGGGUUCAGUUAAGGAAGCGGAGGAGUUCGAUCAUUUAUCUCCGGAAGAAUCUAAGAAGCGACUCGCAAUACUUCUCACUAAAAUGGAUUUGAAUGGUGAUAAAAAAAUUGGAAGAAAAGAACUUCAAGCAUGGAUUUUAAGGUCUUUUAAAAUGUUAACAGAAGAAGAAGCUCAAGAGCGUUUAGAGGACGCUGAUGAAAAUAAUGAUUUUAAAGUAACUUGGGAAGAAUACAUUCAAGACACUUAUGGAAUGGAAGAUAGCAAUGAAAUAGCAUCCGAUAAUGAACAAUUAAUGAAAGAUGAUAAUGAUAUGUGGAAAAUAGCGGAUGUUAACGGUGAUGGAAUUUUGGAAGGGGAAGAAUGGGUUGCUUUUACUCAUCCUGAAGAACAUCCUGCCAUGAUUCCAUUUAUUUUGGAUCAAACUUUAAGAGAAAAAGAUUUAGAUGGUGAUAAAACAAUUACUUUUCAAGAAUAUAUUGGUGAAAGAGGUAGGGAACAUGAUAAAGAAUGGUUACAUGUUGAAAAACAAAAAUUUGAUAAUGAACUUGAUAAAAAUCAUGAUGGGAAAUUAACAGGGGAAGAAAUUGUUUCUUGGUUAAUUCCUAGCAAUGAUGAAAUUGCCCAAGAAGAAGUUGAUCAUUUAUUUGCCACAAGUGAUGAUGACCAUGAUGAAAUGUUAAGUUUUGAUGAAAUUUUAGAACACCAUGAUAUUUUUGUUGGAAGUGAAGCUACUGAUUAUGGAGAUCAUUUACAUAAUAUUCAUCAUUUUGAUGAUGAAUUAUGAUUUUAAUUAUGAUAAAAUUAACCUAAAAAUGUUAAUUUGACAUUAAAAUAACCUUGAUUUUAAUUUUAAUUGAAUCUUUUCUUGUUAGAGAUGUUGUAAAAUGUGCCAUAAUAAAUUAUUGAGAAGUG